AUUUAUUUACUUUGGAGGGGGUAGUAGUAUAAAUGUCAUUUAUAAAGCUACCUAAAAAAUUAAAAAAUUCUGUACCUGGGACACAUUUUUUUUCUUUUUUUCUGAAUUAAUUUUUAAGUAGACUUUUAAUAUAAAGGGUUUAUUUAAUUGGCUGGGUUGCAAAAGGCUUCCUUGCAAAGUUUUAAAACUUUUGCUCACUUUGGUCCCGUAAAAGAAAGCAAAGUAUGCUUUGAAAAUACAGCUGAGAUGUAAGAAAGUGCAGGGAGGACGUUGGCAAAGGCAGAAGAGCUUGGCAGAAGAUGGGGAUGGAUGUCAAAUACCUGAAGGAACGCAUAGGAAGAUGUUUGGCUGAGGGACUUGCGGAAGCAGCGGAUCGUCGGCCUGCGGACCCAAUCGAUUUCCUGGCACACUUUAUUUACAACUACAAGAACAGAUUAAAUGAAGAAGAAAAGAGGAGGGUAGAGAGGGCCGAGCUGGAACGUGAGCAUGAAGAAGCCCUUGCAGAAGCGAAGAGGAUACAAAAGCUAAAAGCAGAAGAGCUCCUGGUUGCCAAGAAAUUUGAAAAACAGGAGCAGAUCAUUAAAGAGCAGCAAUCCAAGAAGACAAUUGCGGAGUUAUCUGGGAAGGAUGGAGUACCAAUUCUGCAGAGUAUUGAAGAAACUGACAAAAAUCAUAUAAAUGAAAAGAGAACAGAAGAGAAGGAUGUGAGGAUUCCAGAAAAACAUGAAACUACUGCUGAGUCAAAGAAAGAAACCUUAGAAGACAAAUUGGAUCAAGGUUACAUCAGUGUUGUAAAGGCUGAAUUGGGUGAGACACCUGGGGAAGAGAAUACCAGCACAACUCUCCAGGCAGGCUUGACAGAGAUAACCAUGGAUGAAGAUUUUAAUCGGAUUCCGCAGGAGAUGAUGGAUGACGGAGGUGAAAGCCGGUUGGAACAUGAUGAAGUAAAUCAGAAUGAACAUGAUACAGAAACAGAAGAUGACACGGAAGAUGAAGAAGCCACUCCAGAUGAGGAAUCCAAAUCCAGUCAAGAGCUGAAUUUGGAGUAACAGUGCAAUCCUAACCAUGUUUACUCAGAAUUAAGUCCCACUGAGUUCAGCAGGACUUUCUCACAAGAUGUGCAUAGGACUGUGACCAAAAAAUGAAAGCAGCAGCUUCUGAGUUGGUUUAGAUUCUUCCCUUUCUCUAACUUGCAGUCUUCUGGGGUGGAUGAUCAAGGUGUUUCUACUACAGUUGUUGAUUUCAGUAGAACUAAACCGCAAGAGUCCUUUAAACUUUGACAUUUUCAUAUUAGGGAAAAGGUCAUGCAAAUAAAUUUCAGGUCUAGA